AUGUCCAGGAAAGCGAUAGCAGGCGAACAACCGGCGGUGGACGUUGACUCUUUGUUGACGUAUCUUGAGGCGGAACACAAGGUGUUGAAGAUACUUCUUAGCCGGCGAGUCGAGGUGUCGAAGCGUUGCAUCCACGUUCAGCGCGAGACUCGGCAAAUGGUCAUCGACAAGGUGGACGGCAGUGGUGGCGGCGGAGACACGAAACAGCAGCGGUCGAGCACCCUGGACUUGCGCUAUAUCAAGGACGUGCAUACGCUCGACUACAAGCUGAACAAGAUGCGCAUCAACGAAAGUAAAUGGCGCCAGCGCGAGCUGCUCUAUUACGACCCGAAGAAGGUGAUGCUGAUCUACCACGGCAGCGAGUUUGUCCUCAACGUCUCGGUCUUUGCCUUUGAAAAGUCUAGUGACUGCGACUGUUGGGUGUCGGGCCUGCAGUACCUGCGAGAAGAAACCGCCUCGACGCCGCAUCCACUGAUCAUCGAGCGCUGGCUUCGGAAGGAAUUCUACUCGCUGUGCGAACCACCAAGUCUGACUAUCUCCGUAAAGGUGUUGAAGUUAUUCAUACAACAGCGGUUACAGUGCAAAAUCUCGUCCAAAGGCUUGCAAGAGUUGGUCAACGUAAGUUUCGAUUUGCGACUAAUGCUCUAG